AAAAUAUAUUGCACCACUGUUGCGAGGCAAAAAAUCAUACUGUACGAUAACAAAAAGGCUACCACCGGAGUGUAGUCUAUCAAGAAGCAAGCUUGCAAUGUGUGGCGUUAAGUUUCUCUUGAGCUGCCUUAUACUUUGAUUAUUUUCACGGAAGAUCUGCUCGAAACAUUUCGAAAACUUGAACUGACACGAACAAGUUCUUAAAAGUUCCACAAGAACUCCGUUUGCUGUCCAUGGUCCAUUGUUAAGCGAUCAAACUUGAGAAAAAUGGCUGCCUGUAUGGACGAUGAGCUUGACAACGCUCGUCUCGAGCAGCGUGAUGAAGUUACUGUUUUGGAGUCAAUUUUCGAAGACAGCCUUAUUCAAGGAGCUAACCCAGACGAGGGCGAAGAGUUAGCCGAAGUGUCGUUUAGCUUGCUCGUGAGAGUUCAUGCUCCUGUAGAUAACGUGCUUGUGGAGGCGGUUAUCCCAGUACAAGUGGACGAAUAUGUAGCUAACUCACCGAACCAAGAUAGCAUUCAAGGGGAUAAAAACAAGGGUGAUGCAAAUGUGGCUGUGGGGGGUAGUGAGGAGCAGGAUGGUUUCAACAAAGGUGAUCCUGGUCAGGUGGGUGAGGAGAUAAGUCCUGAGGGAGGGGAUGUACAGCAGAUUGGUGUCAUUCAUGCCAGCAUUGAAAAGCCUGCAGAAGAGGAGGGGCUUUUCCCUGGUAGGGAGAAAAGUGAUGGAGGACAGCAUUUCAUUGGUGAGCCAGAGGGUUCUAGUGUCGCUGCCGCUGUACAAGGAAUCAAGCCAAAACUUACUCGCCUCCUGUCAACCAAACACUGGCACAUCCAAUCAGAAGUCCAAGAGUUGACACCUAUCAAUCUCUGGUGCAAGUUUCCCCCACUUUAUCCCUCCAAAGACAUGCCUCAGUUCAGCCUCAGUUGUCUGUGGUUAACAAGUUUGCAGUUACAGGAGCUAGCUAAACAGCUGGUCCGUAUAUGGGAGGAAAAUACUAACAUGCCUAUUGUCUUCUUGUGGGCUGAUUGGCUAAGUAAUGAAGCUUGGGAGUUUUUGUAUCUUGAUCAGCACUUGAUACUCAGGGAAGAUGAAGGAGAAAAAGAAAGGAUUGAAACCCCCUAUUUUGCUAUUGCUGCCAAGAUCCCACUAGAGAUGGCAUUACUGGAGAUCUUUGAGAAUGAUUUAAAAUUCAAAAGAGAACAGUUCCUGCGAUCAAGACACAGCUGUGACAUCUGCAUAGAGGAACUGGAUGCUGACAGCUUCUGUCUGCUUGAUGAAUGUGGGCAUUACUGCUGUGUAGAAUGCAUGAGAUAUCAUUGUGAGAUGCAUGUCAAGAAUGGUACUGUAAUGCAACUACUCUGUCCCAUCCACAAAUGUGAAGUGCCAAUCUCACCAUACACUUUACAAGAAGUCCUCCCUGAAGACCUAUACACAAGAUAUGAACGCCUGAUGCUCAGCAAAACACUAGAUUUGAUGGGAGAUAUCUACUAUUGCCCUCGAUGCCAUUCGGCUGUGGUCGCAGACGAGGAAGAGUCAUCUCAUCUUGCCCAUUGUGCCGUUUGCUUCUAUGCUUUCUGCACGGAGUGCCAGGCCGCUUGGCACCAUGGAAAGUCCUGCGACGAUGAAGAGCUCCCAAAAACAGAUCAAAAAAAGGAAAAAGUAAAAAAUAGAAAGAAGAAAAAACUAACAGAUGAUUCCGAAGAUAGUGAUUAUGGUCAAGCAGGAAAUGGAAGGUAUAUGAGUAGCAGGGCCUUUAUUCUGGCCAUGAAAAGAUGCGGGACUUAUCGCUCUUGUCCAGCAUGCAAAGUAGUCGUUGAGAAGACCACUGGAUGUGACAUGAUGACUUGCUCUCAAUGCAGAGCAAACUUCUGCUGGAGAUGUGGUAACCGAAUCUCCAGCUACUCUCAUUUUAGUGAAUGCAACACAUCUCCUCCAAUUUUAAGGAGAAUGCCCCCAAGAGGACCUUCUAAAGGUGAACAAAUCGAGGCUGAAUUUAAAAAGAAUAACCCAGGAGCACAGUUGCAUUAUAAGAACUGUGGUCGUUGCAAACAGAAAAAUUUAAAACAGCAGAAGAAUAACUUCAUGCGAUGCUGGGCGUGUAAAACGCAGUUUUGCUAUCAAUGUGGCAAAACAAUAGAAAAUGGAAUCAAGCAUUUUGUAGCACCGAGCCCUUGCUCACAGCACUCAGAUGACUAGAUGAAUGUGGGAUUGUGUGUAAAAAUACACUGACUGUGGGAUUGUGUGUAAAAAUACACUGACUGACAGCGGGAGACUUGAUCUGUCAAAGAGCAAGUGUCAAUUUGCAAAUAUUGGAAUUAGAAUUUAAAAGUUAAAAUUAAAUAGCUUUGUCAAUUAUUUAUUACAACCUAAUAAGAUGUCAUUUUUUAAACAAUUCAUGUAACUAUUUACAAAUUAUUUACAAGAACAAAUACAGCACAAAAUAUAUAAUUUUUACAGCAAAACUAAUUUUGCUCAAUGGAAUAAUUUAGUAAAGGACCUUAUAGUACUUUAACCUUCAUGUUUGACCUAUUGCCUAGAAGAAUUAGCAGUCAUUGAGAAAACGACAGGCGGUCCAAUGGCUCUAGGUUUGUUUGGGCAUAAUGACAAAUCUCACCACGAUGGCAGGAUUGUAACGGUGGGGGUGCACAGCCAUGCCACUACUAGUCAUUUCCUUAUAAUGUCAGAAAAAAAACUUCCUGCUUUUGUUAGCCUCCUGAGUCUUUGGACAUAGGAAAACAUCAUACUUCAAAGUGUUUAACUUGAUGUAGGUAUGACAACAUAAUGCAGUAUCAUACGAC